UUGAAGGCUCUCCACGUGUUAAACGCCAUACCUGCUGCGGAAAUAUUAAUGAGUAUGCUUAAACCUUUCGUGAAGAGAAACUUGUUAGGCAUUAUACAUUUCCACACGAAUAUAAAGAGCGCGGAGAAAUUUUUCCCCGUCGAGGCUUUGCCGAACGAAAUGGGCGGAAAAGCCGGACCUAUGAAUGAUCUGAUUGACAAUCACAUUAAAUUAUUGGAGGAAUUUCGACCAUGGUUUUUACAGGACGAAGGGAUCGGACGGGUGAAUGAAUCUCUGCGAGUCGGCAAAUUCGAAGCGGCGGAUGAUAUGCUCGGGGUGGACGGUAGCUUUAAGAAGCUCGAGAUAGAUUAAUCGACACGAAGCGACACAGAGUGAAUCGUAUUUACAUAUUAUUUGACAAUUUUUUUGACAGAUUAUUUCCAUGACAAAUUAUUUGUAAGUUAUGCGACAGUCCGCAUUUACGCGAAGGCUAAGGAAGGAAAGCUACGUAAUUGGAUUUAAUCUCUUUUGCUCUCUUAUUUCUUUGUAAUAUAAAUCUUAAUUUUGUCGUUUACGAUAAAAUGUAUACGAGCGUAUAUGUAAAAUGUUAUGUUGUAGCCAAUAAUAAUUUACAGUUACAUAAUUA